AUGGCCUCCCAAGGAGGCCUCACGCGGCGGCGUGGUGGUGGAGGUGCAACUGCUCCCAAUACUGAAGAUGAAUCGUCCUCAAGUCGUGUCACUUCCCCUGCCCAGAAAGCCUACAAUGAUCGGUCCCCCGAAACCGCGUAUGAAAAUAGUGAGAACGGGCACAAGAUUGCAUACGAUCCUAGGGACAUCAGUGAGAGCGAAGAACGGAGUAGACAACCUAAAUUGACCCUGAUGGAGGAUAUCCUACUACUUGGUUUGAAGGACAAGCAGGGCUACUUGUCUUUCUGGAACGAUAACAUCUCAUACGCUUUACGAGGUUGCAUCGUUAUCGAGCUUGCGUUUCGGGGACGCAUCAGUAUGCAGAAUGAUUCUUCCAGACGACGAUUCCCCUUGGCCGAUCGGAUAAUCGAAGUCAUCGAUGACACCCUUACUGGUGAAGUUCUCCUCGACGAAGCCCUCAAAAUGAUGAAAACAAGCGAGAAGAUGAGUGUGAGCUCGUGGAUUGAUCUCAUGAGCGGCGAAACGUGGAACCUGAUGAAAAUUGGCUACCAAUUGAAACAAGUCCGUGAGCGCCUUGCGAAAGGCCUCGUCGACAAAGGUAUUCUCCGCACCGAGAAGCGGAACUUCCUGCUUUUCGAUAUGGCCACACAUCCCGUGGUCGAUGCUGCUGCCAAAGAUGAGAUUCGCAAAAGAGUUCGGAAUGUGUGCUCAAAUCGCACCGUUGUUCUUCCUCCCUCGCAGUUUCUCCCGGCCGAACUCGAUUUCCGAAUGCUGCGGACGGUAAGCAUGGUCUGCGCUUCAUAUGCAGCUAACGUCCUGGAAAACGCACUCGUUACCAUGAGCCAUGAGGCACGAGAAAGGGCCUUUGCACAAGUGGACGAAUUACUUGCUGAAUACAGCCAGUGGCCGUUUGCGAAGAGAGCUGGCGGUGGUCAGGGCAUAGGUGCCAACAUCGGCCAGGUGAUCGCUGAUGAGGUGGAGAAGAAUAAGGACAAGGAAUUACAGCUUGAGGUUGUGGCUGCCUGCCUCAGCGUCUUCACUCGCCUCGAUUCCUUACUAUGA